GCUGUUUUCCUAUUGGAUAUCGGACGUCGGACGCGGUGUGAUCCUGCAUAAUGCCUAUUUCUAUUGCCUGCAGCCUGGCAUUGUGCAAAAGCCUUUAGACUUGUUAUUUUUGCCUGCCAUCUGGACUUUUAGUUCCAAAAUCUUUGCUACGAGUCACCACUAUGGCUGCGUUCCGAAAUACACUGCCAGUAUUGAAAAUCUAUAGUUUAUGUUACGUAUAUUAUAAAAUUUCAGUACUGACAGUGAAUUUCGGAACGCAGCCUGUAUAUAUCGGCAAGUCGAUACUUUUGAACAUUGAAAUGUAUAUUGUGUUUGUGAAUAUAAAAAUAAAUAAAUAAAUAAUAAAAUUUAUAUAUAAGUAUCUAAAAUAAAUAAUAAAUUUUUAUAUAUUUUCAUAUUUGAUCGAAAUCAUAUUUGAGCCGGCAUGAUCAAUUGAGAUUAUACCACGUGUACAUCGUGUGUACGAUCAAUCACACCAGAAAUUACAUCUAACAACAAUAAAGAAAGGAUUACGCAAUUAUGGCUUCAUAUCACAUUCACAAUAUCAGAUUUUACAAUCCAGAACCGAAAUCCGUCACAUGUAUGUCUCAUGAACCAAGCACAAAGAAAUUAGCUCUUGCGAGGAAUGAUAAUUCUAUAGAAAUAUGGAACCUCACAAAUGUACCAUUUAUCGAGUGCAUCAUAGCUGGUUGUCCACAAAACUCGAUAGAAAGUUUACUCUGGAUUGGCUCCAGAUUAUUCUCGACUGGUCUGCAUGGUGCAGUGAUCGAGUACGACUUGAAGACCUUGGGAAUCAAGCACGAGGUUAUGGUUAUAGGAGGAUCAGCAUGGUGUAUGGAUGUGAAUUAUGAGAAGAACCGUUUAGCUGUUGGUACAGAGGAUGGAUAUAUCAAUACUUUUACUGUGCACGAGGACAAACUGAUCUACGAAAGGAUAUUUGACAAGCAAAAAGGCAGAAUUCUGUGUAUCAAAUGGGAUAACACAGGUGAAAUGAUUUACACAGGUUCCACAGACACCAUCAGGGUAUGGAGCGCAGUAUCUGGCCAUGCCAUACACAAAAUGACUACUUUCAGAAGCAAGAUAAAGAAAGAGACGAUAGUCUGGUGUCUGGCAGUCACAGAUGACAAUGUCAUUGUUUCUGGUGAUUCUCAGGGCUUCUUGUGCUUUUGGGAUCCCAACAUGGGAGUGCUUAUUGAGUCCCACGAGAGUCACACAGCAGAUAUAUUAGCUGUCACCUUGUCUCACGACAAGAACACCGUGUAUUGCACAGGCGUGGACCCGGUUGUGAGGACCUUCAGCAAAGUCAUGCUGAAAUCCAGCGGCAAGUCCCAGUGGGUGAAAGGAAUCGAAAGGAGGCUGCACGUUCACGACGUCCGAGCUCUCGUGGAAUACAACGGCAAGCUCUACUCGGCCGGAGUAGACGGAUACUUGGCUGUCUCGAGCUAUCCGCCUAAGAACCUUGUAAAAUAUCCUCCUCUACUUCAACCGCCUUGUGCCACAGUCUGUCGAAAGAGUAGGUGUAUCUUGUUGCGGUACACGAACUACUUGGAACUCUGGAGGCUGGGUUCAGCCACGAAGGACACGCCGAAAUUGGUCGGUCCGGUCAUGUUGCAUCAAUUGGAGGAUGAGCCCAUCAAACUGCUGCGAUUAGAGACCAAGGAUGAUGAGAGCAUCAUUUCCUGCGCCAUCAAUAAGGACUCCAAGACGAUCGUGUACUCCACAGACACUUACGUGAGAGUUUUCAACUUCGACGUGAUGGAGGGAGACGCGCAGCUGUCCAGGAACGACACAGACUUGAUGAUGAAACGAGUACAGAAGAUGCUGUUCAGUCCGAACGGCAAAUUGUUCGUCACCAUCAACAACGACGGAAAUGAGAACACCGUGACGUUGUUCAAGGUAGAGAAGAAGAGUCUGAGGUAUAUCGGUUCAUUCCAGACGACGAAGGAGUCCAUCUUGAACGUCGGCCUGGUGUGCUUCUCGCCGGACAGUAAAUACCUCGUGUGCGCGGACCGGCAAAACAGAAUUGCCAUUUACUUCAUCGGCGAAGGCGUCGAGUCGCUGAAGGUAUGGCAAUUGCCUAAAUACGGCUGUCCACCGACGGCGAUGGCGGUGCAGAAGGAGACACUGAAUCUGGUCAUAGUGUAUUCCGAUCACAAGAUCGUAGAAUACAAUAUACCGAACAGGCAAUACACUCAGUUUUCCAAUUAUUUGCAAAGUCGUCUGCCGAAGCAGUGGUUAGCACGUCAGUUCCCGAUAACGAAUAUCAUAUUUGAUCCACACAAUGAAAACAUCAUCAUUAUGCAGGACGACUCAAGCGUGUACGUUAUCAAUAAAAACAGCGAGUCUGUGAAAGAGGCGAAGAUCAUGAAGGUCGAGAACGGCGAGUGCACGGAGGACAGCAAUUCUUUGUCGAGUUGGCAAGCUCAACAUGCGUUUCGAGUAGUGAAAAAGUACAAGCAUCUCGUUUACUUAAAUUGGCUGAACGACAAGGAAUUGGUUGCGGUCGAGGUGAAUCCAAUUUCGUUAUCGGAAAAGCUGCCACCUACGCUAAAGCAAAAGUUCUUCGGCAUGUGAAUAUUUUGCACGCGACAAUGUGAUUAAUUGUUAUCUCAGCAGCAUGACCUGCAAAAUUGUUAAAUAUAAAUACGCAAGAUCUCUUAUCUUCGUUUUCGACUUAUAUAAUGAAACACGAAAUUCACAAUCCAAAUGUACAGCGUCCGCGGUCGAAUCUCGUUGCGAUUAAUCUAUCGCGUCAAAUUCAUUACUCAUAUUCGAGGUGGCUUUUGCUAUCGUAAACAGGAAAAAUAGAAUUUAUCGGGACCUUGCGUCUCAAGUUUGCAGCUGUCCCGCAACGGAUACUCUGGAUUUUGUGGCGAGUAGCUAGAGCUCUUUUGCGCGGACAACUCGCAGUCAAAUUUCGUCGAUGUUGUAACGUGUACACGUGCAUGUAAAAAUUCUCGAUCGUAAGUAAUAAUAACUUGAAUGUCUGUGCGCUAA